GCAGGUUUUUUUUUUUGUGCGGUGGUCUGAAAAGGUUCUUGGCCUGUUGGCUUUGACUGAGUGAUAAAAAAGACAAAGGGCCUCAGGAUGGGUAAGCAGUCUGUUUUGCCGGGGGAGAGAGAACGUCAACGGUGCAAUUUGCAACACAACGACAAAUUGCGAACACAACGACAAAUUGCAUUAGGAACAAGUUGGGAUCGGAAGAGAGAAAAUCUGUGAAGGAACGAACGAACGAAGGAAGGAAGCAUACGGACGCCAAGCUUUCUGCCAAGCAAAGUGAAAAGCGAAAAGAGAAUGGAGAGAAGAUUGAAAAUCCUGCGAAGGCGAGGCAGAGCUGAGAACAAGGGCACCGGAACAAAAGACUCUGCGCCAUGCAAACAAGUAGUAAACUGCAAUGGAUUCCACACUGCUGCCGACCGGCCGUCGGAUAGGAAUGCGAGGCCAACGAGAAGCAUUCACUCGUUCUUGUUCGAGAGCUCGUCUCGCUUCUUGACGGUAUCGUCAGACGGCAACGUCUCGAUUAACCUGCCAUCCGUGCUUGCCGGCGACCGGCUACUUCUUAGGGAACAGAAGCUUAUUGCUAAGAAUGACGCGGAGGAGUUCAGAUCGAAACCUCCGUCGUCUACGAUUAAAGGACGAGAACUCCGAGAAGUAAGCGGAAACGAUCGCAGCACGAUCUUCAAGGGGGGAUGGGAAGGAGGGACACAUUCUUGCAUUGCUAACGAUUCUAUCUCCACCGGCGGAAACUUUGCCAGUGAUCUUGCCACUGAGAAACCUGGUUCAAAUUGUAAGAAUGGAUGUUGGCACGAUACGGAGGAUGUAAAGGCGGAGAGCAAAAAGGGAUUCAGCGUGUGCGAAGAGCAGGAGCGCAUCGAUGAUCAACCGAGAAACUCUCAUCUUCUGGUCGAGGAUCAUCACAAGACUUCCUCCUCUCCCCUCGAGAGGAGAGAGGCGCCCUCCCCAUCAAGCAGCCCGGAUGCAGUCUGUCCGUCUGCGAAUGGCAAGAACAGGACAGCUGCAGGGCAAUCUCCACGUGGGCGGUACGGAACCCUCAGAUCGAGUCUAUCUGACGGUGGACGUGCAAUAAAUGGAAAGGACACUGAUAUUUCUAACCAUGAACAAGUCCCUGAAGUUGGGAUAGAUGCCAUAGAGGAGGAUGUGGAGGAGGAAACUGGUGACGCCAGGCCAUCAUGGGAAGCGAAAUCGGAUUCACUCAGCCCCGAUUUGGUCGCAUAUGAGGCCAAAGGAGUCGUCCCGCUGACACCAAUGACAGAGCCAUCGUCGAGCUCUGGGCUGAAGUCUGUGCCGUUAACCCCGGACACAGAAACAUCGCUUAGGAACAGACCGGGCCCAUGUUGUUCGCCUUUGUUGCCGACAGGAGACCAAAGUACAUGUCGCUCGGCAUUCACUGUCCGCCGUUCUUUGUCUCCUCAAACCCCCAUCUCUUCAGACCAGCAGCUUCAGGUGCCAAGCACCACAGCCAAUUUGGUAGGUCGGGUUAUUUGUCAGGAGGAUGAAAUGACAGCCAACUGUAGGACUCCGUUGCCUGGUACGUGGCAACAAGGUGCUGCUGGAGCAGGGGUGGUACCAAAUCCAGCGGCUCGAUUACGCGAUUACGAUGCACAUCAAAUGCAACAAGGAGGGGUCGCACAAAGCGUUUUGGCGAAAGCAGAUGGUUCUGGUCCCUGUCCCGUAGAGGCCAAUGAAGCAGAAUGUAAUGAAGGACAUAAACGAAUGCUUGCGCGGAAGACCCCUGGCACCAGUCCCAAGCAGGGAACUGGGCCCGCACUGCAUAAUGAGGGAAUGAACUAUCAAGCCGUGAUGACAGACUUCGGCGGUGUGCAUGGUAAAGACCCUGGGGGCAAAAUUCCUUGCGGCGGGCAUUUCGUUCAAAAGAGGAGCCAUGGAGACGAUGCACUGGAAUUGUCGAAGCGUUCUGCUGGUCGUCCUUUUCAAACGAGGAGCCAUGGAGACGAUGCACUGGAAUUGUCAAAGCGCUCUGCUGGUCGUCCUUGUGAGGAGGACAAGCUGCGAACUCUUGAGAGCAAACAGGCUGACCCUGAACACUUUCCAGUGAAAAUGGAUUCUCUUCACAGUCCCAGCAAAGCACCAGCGACGACAGGUAAGUUGGUCGGAUCUGUGAGUGGUAUGUGUGCCGGUCACCUUUUGCAGAAUGCGAAAAAGCCUGAAGACGAUGCUUUCCUUUGUGGAACAGCAACUGGUUUCCAGACUGACGGUACUGUUAUGCGGACGGUCGACGGCGAAACUCGAAUCGAUGUCAAGUUGUCUAGCUCAGAGAAGAAGAUGCCGCCGGAUGUAAUCUCCCUGAGCACAAGCAGUGAUUCAUUCUUGAAGGCGAACGAAAUGCCAUCAGUCAAAAGACCCCCCUUGCGAAGGUUGCGAAGGCUGCGAAAGGUUGGAGAGGUUGGCGCGGGUGUUCCCCCAAAGGCGGAUGGAUCCGAGGAGGUCAAAAAAGGCCCUGGAGCACCGCAAGGAGUCAGACGAGGGCUUGCACGUGCGUUUGGUUCUGAAUUGACAAACGGCAACGCCAGAAAAGCUGGCGAGAGAGGACAUAAGGUAAUGAUGAACAGCAAGAGAGCGGGAAAGGGAUGGCAAAGAAAGGAGGAGAUGAGGAGCGUCAAUGCUCGUGUAUUCAUCGAGAGUCAAGCAAUGGUGUCGCCCUCUCUUGAAGUGUCCUCCGAUGAAGAGGAGGAGGAGGAGGAGGAGGAGGAGGAGGAGGAGGGGCAUCGGAACGUUGAUGACAAAGAAGUGGCGCAGACAGGCGGGACAUUCAUUGAUGACAGCUCACAGGCUGCUUCUGUGACCCAAACCGGUCGAUCUGUCGAUAUGCUGAAUGUUUACAGAAGGUCAUUGCAAACGCCAUCGCCAUUUUCACAGGAGGGUCCUAGCCCCAAGUUCUCCCCGACUAAGGGUUUGCGAGGGCUGCUCCCUAAUUGCCGAAAACUGAGGUUCAUAACUCCUGGCUCCGUUCAAGAUACCCAAAUGGGAUCGGACGCUGAGCACGAGGAGGAAGAGGAUGAUGACAGGCAAGAGAAUGGUAGCUAUGAGCUAGAGGAUGGAAAAGACAACAUAGGGAAACCUGCUCGAUGGAACUGGGGGGGACGAGAACAAGGAUGGCAGGCACGUCGUGAGGACAGAAAGUUAGGACAGAAUCUGGAGCUCAAUAAAAGUAGAAACGUUGAACGCGCGCACGGUCACUGCUCAUUGGACCAGAAUGAAGGUUCCUGGACCAGGCCUGGACCAGGAGCAGGGCGACCAACUGCCAGAACCGGGUCAGCCGAGGGUCCUGGAGCCGUCAUGGGUACGCGGUUGUCACGUCCGGCUCCAGGUCACAAGCGACCGAGGACAAACGAUCAUGGGUAUUCCCCCGAGUGUGCCGAGUCAGCUGGCAGGUAUGCUGGCGAGUACCAGAGUGGCAGCGCAGUGGACGAACACCUCAGGGUGGGCACCGGUUUUUGUGACGGUGCUGGUGAUGAUCGGAGGACAGGUGCAGAGGGGGAAAUUUCCACACGCUUUGGAUGUGGCGUUAGCAGCAGCAUGUGCAGUGGGAUGGGGCACAUAGAGCAUCGCAGCUCUGCAUCUCUCAGCUUCGACCAACGUAAAGCUAUAAAUAGCAGCGCAGGUGGAUGCCGUCCCGUCGGCAGUGCUCAUUUCCGGGGGAAUGAAAUGGGAACUGGUCAACUGGGGAUCCAGCAAGUGGAGAAAGAACGGCAGCCAUCGGGAUCAGCUCCAUGGAAAACUGGUAUGUCAGUCCAGGCUCAUGUGUCAUCCCAGAGGCCUGCAGCAAUGCCAAUGGACCAUAGUAGGGCAGCGGGUGCUGUGCCAUCCAUGGUUUCCUAUACAGAACCCCAUGUUCUCCGGGACCACCUGCAUGAUCGGGUCGGGACCGUGGAAACCGACGCCCGUCCCACGUUCACUUACGGCGCUAGCAUCCCGAAAGGCAAUAGCAGUUUUGCGUAUGCUUCUGGGAUGUCAAAAGGCAGUUGUGCUGCUUACGGUACUGGCGGGAUACAAAAAGGCAGCAGCUGCAGCACUUACGGGGGCAAGGUACCAGAAGGCAGCGGUGGCGCUGACGGUACUGGGGUACGGAAACACACUAUUGAGAACAGGGUAAUCAGCAAACCACUAUGGGAGCUGGAUGACACAGAUGAUUUUCUGGGCGAUGUCGACCUUGAUGCCCUGGAAGCUUCGGCAAAGGAAGAAGCCCAGAAAAGAGCAGCAAAAGCUGCGCAUCAGGGCAGUGAGGCUUACAAAGGACCAUGCCUCAGCUUUAGUGCAGUUGGCCAGAACCCCGCAAAGGCGCUCGCUCCGCAGCUACCAUGUUCGAUGACUAACAGUACAAGGAAUUGGGAUGGUAAGCAGCCCGGGGCACCGAGCUCCUUUCAACGAUUCGCCGGAGUUUCCUUUGCGGCUGGCAUGAGGGAACGAGACAGCGUGCGAGAUCGUAAGGCAAAGGAGAAUGUACCCGAUGGUACCUCAUUUGAGCUCGAAGUCCCCUCGUUUGAACUCGGAAUCGAUGAUCUUCUUUAUUGACUAAGUACAUUGUGAUGGUGUUGUUGGAUAGAGGCCAAGUA